UCAAAUCUUCAGUGCCUGCUGCACAUGUGGUAUAUCUCUGCUUUUUUUUUGACAGCGGGAACAAAACUCAACUCUGCUGUUGCUCCCAAAGAGACCGUAAAGGGUUUCCUGUUCCGUGGAGUUGGAGUGCUGAAGAAGUUUCCUUGGCCGGUGUGGCAUAAGAGCACCUUCAGUUGAUCAGUUUUCCACCCUCAUGACAAAGUACACGCUGAUCGAUGAGCAGGAUAUCCCUCUCGUGGAGAACUACACUUUUGAGGCUCGUAUGGAAAUAGAUGCUGACGGGAAUGGUGCUAAGAUAUUUGCUUAUGCAUUUGAUAUCAGCAAAAGGAGAGGUCCAGGGCGUCCUCUGCAUGAACUGCUCUGGGAGAGACAUCGAGGCGGAAUUGCUCCAGGAUUUCAGGUAGUUCACAUCAAUGCAGUGACCGUGGACAACAGAUUGGAUAACCUCAACCUCGUCUCAAUAGGUUGGAGGCCAAAGGCAGAGGAGAUUUCCAGCAAAUUAAGGGAGCAGAGUCUUUAUUGGCUGGCUAUUCAGCAGGUGCCUGCAGAUCCCAUUGAGGAGCAGUUUCCUGACCUGAACCUGACCCGUUACUACAAUGCUAACGGUGAUAUCGUGGAGGAUGAAGAGGACUCGUGCACGUACUAUGAAUGUCAUUACCCACCGUGCACAAUGAUGGAGAAACAGUUACGUGAAUUCAACAUUUGCGGGCGAUGCCAAGUGGCCAGAUACUGUGGCUCCCAGUGUCAGCAGAAGGAUUGGCCUGCUCACAAGAAGCAUUGCCGCGAAAAGAGACGUCCCCUGCAGCAGGACCUUGAGCCUGAACGAUGACCCCCUCCUUCUCGCCCUUUGCCCCGCAUGCUUUCGCCAUGAAUCGACAGCUGCGUCAGUUUUGGUUUUGCACAAUUCAGACUGGACGUUAAGUUCCCCGAGCACUGAGGAAAAUUACAGAGAGGACUUGAUAAAGGUCUCUGUGAAGAGAGGAGACUGGGGCUUUCCUUCCUACGAUUGUUAACAAAAGACUAUAGGAGCUCCUAGCCAGAAGCUUCUGUCUAUAUUUAUAUGUUAAUAUGUAUUUGAACAAAAUCUUAUGUACAGUUUUUUAAGUUGUAAAAUCUGAUCUGUUCUAUUUGAAGUUCGGUAAUAAUGUGUAGCUGGCAGAGUUACCUAAAAUUGCUCCGGUAGCAAAGUGUAACUCUGCACUGGCUUGCUGCUAAUGUGAUUAUAGACAAAAAAGGCCCACCCUACUGUGCGUACCGGGGAUUACACUAACACCACGUCUCUGGAUCUUAUCCAUUUUGUAAAAGAAAAAAUGAUUGGCCUUGGACAGGGAAAGCAAUCUGAUUGUUAGAUUAUUGUGACAACUUUUUGGGCUUGUAAAUUUCUUAAGUCUUGUGGCUUCAUACUUGUAACCAACUUCGAACAUAUUCGCCUCAACUCAGAGGUUUGCAUUUAAUGCAGCACGUGUAAGAACAUGGUGAAUCUUCAAAUCAGUAUUUUCAGUCAUUUAGAACACUUAAACCCAUUUGUAUCUAAUGUUUUCACCGUACCUAAUUUAGGAGUUGUGCGAGGCAGAUAAGUAAGUUUGGAUAUGGCCAACUUUUGUUGUAUCGGAUGAACGAUAAGAACUAUCUUUAACAAGACACAUCUUUUGUAGAGCACUUGUUUCUUAUAAGGUCUUGACUGGGUUGACGUGCAUGGUGCUGUUCUGUCCCAUGGACCUGGUGGUUUCCAGAAAUACUUGCUUCACUAUAUUCUCUCAGCUGACCUGUUCGGCCUGCAUCGGUGACUGCAUAGAUUUAUAGAGUGGUAUAUUUGCAUUCUAACUGUCCCGUUUCUCCCCCUCCCUCAAAGUAUGUCAGAUUUCUUUGGUGGCAGUUUGGGUAAGUGUUUAAGGUACCAUGUUCUGAAAGCUCUGAUUCGGGUUGAAUGUCUUCAGUCCCUUUGACUAAUCUUCGAAAUUGCAUCGAGGAAUGUGUGCACAAGAAACGUUGCUUUGAGUUCUUUCUACGCACAAUUAAUUAUUCACUUUGCCUAUUCCUAUUCAAAUAUCAAACGGAUUGAGCUGGGGUGCGAGUGAACAAUUUUAACAAAAUUGUAAAUAUUUAACUUAUGACACAUUUACAAGUACUGACAAAAUAUUUUUAAGUUAUGCAAGUUGUUUUCAUGGGGGGGGGGGGGGGGGCGGUGUAGCAGACCAGACCCAUCAGCAUUUAGCUCAGGCACCCCUGCUGAGCAAGCGAGAUCCAUUCGGCCCUUUCCAAACACACAAUCCACUUACGGGGUAAAGUUCCUCCAUUACUUUGAUGGUUCUCCCAACUUAACACACGUAGGAAAGCCAGACUGAAAGUCUGCAGCUGGAAGCAUGGAUCUUUAUUCCAACUUUAAUGAGCACUACAGUUGGUCUUACCAAUUUGCUAUGGAACCACUAGAUUUUCGCCGAGAAUUGUUUUGAAAGUAGUAGUGGAAGCAGUUAGGUCUCCUCGCCUUUCAGCUGCAUGGGAUGGUAAGGUGAUAUAUUAAAGAGUCCGAAGUGGUAGCUUGGGCUUCAGCAAAAAUGAUCUUCCAUCUAAAUAUACUGCACAGCUAGAGGCCUGAAUGUUCGUAUAUUUUGUGCACAUUUUCGAGGUAGUUACUAACAUGUUGUAUAGUUACUGCAUUGGCUUUAUGUUUCUUCACAGACCUACUAUCCCCCCCCCCCCCCCAAGCUCUUGCAAAUUUCAGAAUCUGUUCGACACGAUGGGAUUUCUGGGGUCUGAGCUGCUAAUUCUGCUUACUUGUGCUUUUGGGUUAUUGCUUGCAAUGCUUAACAGUUCUAGCAAAGCCUCAAAAGAUCUAGUGGUGUGGGUGGCUGUCCAGACUGCACAAGUUGACCAAUGUGAUAUUACCCUUUUGAUUUACUGCCCACCUCCCCGAUUGAAAAGGGAAUGGAUGCAGCAUUGGUGCUAUUUCUGCCAGUUUCUGGCAUCGUACAUAUUUGCCUGAUGUAUGGGCUGCUUUUGUUUUUGAAAUUGCAUUUGGUCUGGUUUAAUUCAAGGGGCUUUUAUAACUUGCGUUUUAAACCAAAGUGGAAACGAUGCCGUUAAAUUUUUCCACCACCCCCACCUCUGUGUGUUGUCUUGAAUCUUAAUUGCCCUUAAGACAAAACAUUACCAACCUGCAAUUAUCCAAACAAGUUUGUAUUUGUAUCUGGUCUGUCUGGAUAUCUGAACUAUAUUCAGAAAUGUCCCGUUGUGUGUUAGUGGUAUUCCGCCCAACUCAUUGUGGAUGGGAGGAAUUGUCUUUAUUUUUGUGUUGAAAAAAAUUGCAUACAUCUUAUUGCCAAUAAUUCUCAAAUAGUUAUUUCAGGAAAAAGAUCUUUUUUGCAGAUUGAUUGGAUUUUGUGCUCUCGCUGGUUGGGCCAUUUCACACUAACGUUAUGGGAAAGCAUCAUUCAGAAUUUAUCUGUUUAAAAAAAAAAGGCUCCCAAGAUUUGAAAUUAAAUAUUUGAAUAUAAUGGAAUCCGGGCAUAAUAUUGGCUAGUUUAUAAUUUUACUGAUUACAGGUUGAGUGAUUUGAUGAUGACUUUUUUUUUGUUGAGCGGCCACGGUUUCAGGUGUUUUCUCCUGGUUUGAAGCUUAACACCAUCAGCGCGAUGCCAUCUUUGAAGCUGUUGCAACUUCAUUCAGAGUUGAUUUAAGAAUGGUUAGACGUGUAAGGGUCCUUUUAAACGAGGAAAUGCUUGUUGCACUCCUACCUUCGACCCAUUCUGUUUCCGUCAAGUCACGGAUUGACCACUGGCCAUUUGUGGUGUCGCUAUGCCCAUCCCCAGUUUGUUUCAUGCACUGAAUACAGUAUUUUUGCCUGUAUUUAAAUCGUUAAAAAAUAAAGCUGAGUCGAAUUUCUGA